GUCCGUUUAAAAAGUUUUAUAUCUAUUUUCGACCCGAUUUGGAAACCCGACCCGGAAGUUCGCCAUCUUUGUAUUAUCCAUUCUGAACUCGAAACUGUUUUGAUCUCUUCGGUUGGUGUAAAAUAUACGUCAAUGUUUUAUUAGUCGAAAGAGGCAAAAUGUCAAAAUCUUGCAAGGGCUUGGCUAUGGAACUAGUCAAGUGUCUCAGUGAAUCGGAUUGUGUAAAGGUUGAGAAGAGAUCUUACAGGGAAUGUGUUGGAGAGAAGAGCCCAUGCAUAUCGAGCGAGUGUGUCGGACUAAGGGAAACUUAUUUCAAUUGCAAGAGAGGCCAGGUUGACAUGAGAGCUAGGAUCCGCGGAAACAAAGGCUACUGAGAGAUUAAGCUACCUUGCAACUUGCACUUUGUUGUGGUUGGUAACAGUUGGUAUGGACUGUGCUCUUGUAAUGCUAAUUACUCAGUGGUAAUAACCGAAAGUGGGGAAGGAAAGCAAAGCUGAAUAGAAAGCUCCAAUCAGCUAUCCAAAACUCCAUGGACUAAAAACAAAUUUUCAGGCUAUCUUCAUAUGAUAGGAUGCGACAUUUGUUUUCUUUCUUUCUUUAUUUCUUUUUCCCAUAUAUUUCUUGUUUGGUACUAAUGGGGUGUCUGUCCACAACUAGAAAAACUUUUUCUUUUAUGUAUUUUGUGAGGUAGUUCAUGAGGAUGAUUAAACUACUGAUACCUUAGGAUAUAGCGCAAGUUUUAUCAUUUUACACCGGAACUGUUGGCUCUUCUUAGCAACACUAUUAGAGGAGCGUUACUAUGUGUAUCUAUUUUUAAUAUAUAAUUCAUAUA